CUCCGAGGUCGUCAGUGACGUCUUCAAUAACCUCGCCUUCCUCGACGGCAUGAAGUGGCAUGAAGAAAGUACGUUUAUACAUCUGAUAGAACUAUCGACAAUGAAGCCUCUACGCAAGAAGUUUGUAGUGAAGCCUCUAUUUCUGCUGCAUAUCGCUGGCAUCGGCGGCCGCUACUACGCGCUCGGCGAGACGCCCUUCAUGCAGGAGAUCUGCCUCGACACCCUCGAGACCAAGGAGAGGCGGACGCUGUACCGUGAGGGUAGCCUGGUGACGACCUCCCCGCUGGGCAACUGCUAUACCGUCGGCCACGCGGUCAGCCUCACAGGACCUAAGUACAAUGUACUCAAGUUCCCUGCCGACGGAGGCGCUACGGAGAUCGCAGCGCGUCUGGCUCCGCGGUGGCGCCUGUCUCCGUGCUACAUGCACUCCCUGGGCGUCACCGACCGCUACCUCGUCAUCAUCGAGAUGCCUCUUGGCGUGUCGGUCUCCGAGGUCGUCAGUGACGUCUUCAAUAACCUCGCCUUCCUCGACGGCAUGAAGUGGCAUGAAGAAAGUCAACCGCUUAGAGGAGCGCAGCACGAGGACUUCAGGCGCAGCUUCUACAGCUCCCUCAACCGCGUCGUCCUGCCUGCCUCCGACUCCGACGCGCGGACUGAGAUCCCAGUGAAGGUGAUGCCGCUGAGCGCGACCGCUGCGCUGGAGAACCCCAUCAUCAACCCUGUUUUUGGUCGUCGUAAGCACCGAUACAUUUAUGGCAUGGGCGUCAGUUCUGAGGGCGGCGACAGAGGGCAGGUGACGAAGCUGGACGUGGAGACUGGCGACGUGAAGCUGUUUUCGGAGGAGCUUCUCUACUGCGGGGACUCUGUCUUCAUCCCCAAGCCUGGAGGAGGGAACGAGGACGAUGGUCUGGUGGUGACGUUUUGUGUGCGGUCAGACGAGCCGCAGUUCGGGUGCCUGGUCUUCAUCGACGCCAAAACCAUGACCGAGGUGGGCAGGGUGUGCUUCUUGCCCACCUCAUCCGUGUCUGUGCCCCUGCAUGGCAUCUUCGUGCCCAAAGAACUGCACUGAAUACGAUCAUUUCAUGGCCCUCUUGCAACCAACCAAAGCUGCCAGUUCGACAUCUCCAGUACUCGCUUACUGUCGAACAAUAUCUUCAUCUGUUGUAGCCUGAUUACAAUGAUAUUGAGAUCUAAUGUAACCUUGUUACAAUGAUACCAUAAUCUGGCGUAACCUGAUUACGAAGAUACUAAUAUCUGAUUUAACCUGUAACCAUCAACGUCUAUGCGAUUACGAAAAUCACUUUCAUGAAACGAAGACCUCAACUAGAAUUUGUGUCGGCCGAGCAACGAAACUUUCAACAGAAUAUUCUACUGAAGAAAUUAACACAUCCACAAUCAAGGUUUAUGCAGUUGUUUGUUGAAUAUUCUACUUUUUUCAUUGUUAUAGAUAUGUUCAUAAUUUGAGAGUUUAUUUUUAAUUUAAUAAUUUCAUAUCAGGUACAAAAUAACAUUAGCAAGAUAUAGAUCAAUUAAAUGUUAAAAAGUACCCUUAGCAUCAUUAAAAUGUUUUACGAUAC